AGCGGUGGAGCGGGAGACGGAGGACGGCGACGCAUCCCCGGCGCUGUCCCGGCGCAGCCAGGCGGUGCUGGGUCUCCUGCUGGGGGGCCUGAUGGUGUGUCUGCUGGGGCUGCUGCUGCAUAAGCGGGAGCGGAGGGACCUGGUGAUGCAGAAGGUUUCCAGCUGCUGCCGGAGAGGAAACCAGCUGUCUUACAAAUACUCCAAGGUCAACACGGACGAAGGAGGAGAGGAGGAGAUGGAGUGGCUGAUGGAGGAGGUUGAUGUUCCUGACUCCGCCUCCUCCUCGCACCACAGGAGUAACCAUAGCAACGGCCACAUCCGGACCAAGCGGGUGAACACCGACGCUCUCCGGCCGUUCCCCAUGGAUGAGCAGGAGGACGACAGCGAGGACGAGGUGCUGAGCAUCCCCGGCGUCCGGGUCCACAAGCCGUCCCGGAGCGCCGCCGCUCAGCGCAGCGCCUUCCUGCAGGAGGAGAGCGACGAAGAUCUGGUCGGCCUCCUGGAGGACUCGGAUGGGAGGAGUAAGGGCCGCAGACCGCCACCGUCCGGGAAGAACCGCCGCAAAGCAGACGAGGAAGACAGCGACGAAGACCUGCUGAGGGUGUGACCGCCGCUAACCCCCGAACUCUUCUGUCAGUGAAUGUGUCCAAAUGAUGAAGAGCGCCUCCUCCAGGAGGCGGAGACUGCUGCAGACGCUUUCUUUCUCCAGACUUGAUCUGCCACGUUUUCUUAGACUUUCUUUUAAUGCAUCAGAACUUUUCUCACAAAGACUGCAGGUCCGCUGGGAGGCGGGCCGGCGCCACACCUGUAGACGCCACACAGGGAGUUCACAUGACGGCUUCUUCUGGAUCUGCUGCUCUCUGCUCAGCUGAGCUGGUGUCUUAUUCUGGCCCGGUGGGACCGAGGCGGUUCUGGACUUGAAAAGGGAAUGUGCUUGUACUGCUGUCAGAGCAUCAGUGUUCAUGGAGCUGUCAGAGCAUCAGUGUUCAUGGAGCUGUCAGAAAAAAGGGGUGUUGCCAAGUUUUCCUGCUGAGCUUCUUGAAGAACCUGAAGCUCCAGCAGGAUGAAGGAACCCGUUUUCAGACGGCUGCUGCUCCGGUUUAUGGAUUUAUGUUCUUGUUGGUGGAGAUGGAAUCAUGAUGAUCCUGUGAGAUCUGACUGCUUGGUACGUUUGAUUUUUCCUGAAGAUGAUGAUCCUCAAAAUGAUGAAGACUUGAUGCCACUGCAGAGGAAACGCUCCGGAGAGCAGAGCCCUGCAGAUCUUCUGUUUUUGAUGUAAAUUAUUUUUUCUGUCAUGUCUGCAGCUUUAUGGUUUCCUAUUUAAGAGAAAUGACUUAAAUUAAAUUCUCUGAAUAAAGAGAUCUGCUGUUU